CAGAAAAUCUUGAAAAUGAAUAACGCUGAAAGAUUACGGUUUCUACACGGUAGUGACAAAGUAAGUGUUAGUGCGAAUUGUGUUAGUGACAGUGAGAUGAAAAGUAGUGAAAAUGCCCCUGAUGUGAUGGGUAGUGAACAGUGUGAGUUGAAAGUUUUGGACGAAGUUUUUGAGUUUGAAAUUUUGCAACGAUCAAGAAGGCGUCAGUUGUAUGAUAACGAAAAAUAUGUGCAGUUAUAUGAACAAGAGAAUGAAAAGCUCAUCGAUCAAACUAAUAAUACAGGAAUGGUUCAAGGGGCGAAACUCACAUGUAAUAAAAUCUCGAGUCGAGUCAAAAAGUCCAAACAGGAUAUGGUGCAAGGCCUCCACUUUGAGCUUUUCAGUAGUGAAAAUGGUCAUUUGAGGAGAUCGACAAAAAAGAAUGAAAGAAGCGGAAAACCAGACUUGCACUUUGAAGAUGAAGACGAAGAAGAUGACGAUAGCAGAGAAGGAAAACAGAAUUGCAUCAACAAAUGUUUUGAUGCCUUGUUGUACAGCCUGGGUUUAUUAUCAGGUGCACUGAUGGGUAUUUGCCAGCCUUUCAUACUAGUGAUGUAUGGAGAAUACACCACCUCGCUCAUCUCACGAUAUACGCCCAAUUCAACUGAAGAGAAACUCUACUUCCUGAGCCAGUUCGGAGGCGGACAUUUCAAAUAUAAUAUGACCGAAGAUGAACUGCAUGAAUUUGUUCUGGAAGAUUCGAAAGCUUUCGCCUGGGGCUGUGGUCUCCUCGCCUUGAUUCAGUUUAUUACUGGAGUCAUAACUGUUCUCCUUCUCAACUAUAUCUCACAGAAAAGGAUAAGCCUGAAGAGACAACAAUUUCUAAAAGCAGUUCUGAGACAAGACGUGGGGUGGCAUGACACCCAGCAUUCAUCAACUAGCAUAUCUGCCUCAUUAGCUGAAAUAGAGAAAAUAAAAGAAGGAACAGGAGAGAAGGCAGGGAUAUUUGUUUACUUGCUGUCUUCGUUUAUCUUCAAUGUGGUCAUCUCUUUCUUUUACGGCUGGAAACUCACCCUGGUCAUGACAAGUCUUUGCCCUAUCUUCAUUGGAGCGGCAGCCGUUGUUGCUAAGAUGCAAAGCUCUAUGGCAGCGAAAGAGUCAGAUAGUUAUUCAAGGGCUGGUGGGGUGGCGGAGGAGGUGUUAUCAGCCAUCAGGACUGUUACCGCUUUUGGAGGAGAGGAGAAAGAAAUUAAAAGAUUCGAAGAAGAGCUAGAAGACUCGAAGCAAGUGGCUAUGAGAAACGGUAUCUACACAGGACUGGGAACUGGCAUAACGUGGGCGUUGGUAUUCUGCUCUUAUACUCUGGCAUUCUGGUAUGGAACUCCCCUGAUUUUGGCCGAUAGAUACAAGGAAGACAAGGACUAUUCUCCAGGAGUUCUAGCUAUUGUGCUAUUUGGUGUGACAAUUGGAGCAAUGAACAUCGGUUACACAUCACCCUACAUUGAAGCAUUCGUGAAAGCUCGUAACGCUGUGGUCAGGGUGGACUCAGUCAUGAGUCGAAAAUCUAAAAUAAAUCCAUUCUCCCGUCAGGGAAAACGGCUGUCACGAUUGGGAGACAUCGAGUUCAAAGAUGUGUAUUUCAACUAUCCGGCCAGGCCUAACGUCAAGGUUCUACAGGGAUUGAACUUGAAAAUAAAGGAGGGAGAAUCAGUGGCCUUGGUUGGAUCCUCUGGAAGCGGGAAGUCUACCACUAUACAACUACUGGAGAGGUUCUAUGAUCCUGACAGUGGAAUGGUUCUGAUAAACGGCACGGACACCAAGGAGCUGGAGGUGGGUUGGCUGCGCAGUCAGAUAGGCCUGGUGGGGCAGGAGCCAGUUCUGUUCAAUGCCAGCAUAGCUGAGAACAUAUGCGGCGACCUGCAAGUCACUCAUGAGGAAAUGGUCGAAGCAGCAAAGAGUGCUAAUGCCCAUGACUUCAUUGUCUCAUUGCCUAAGGGCUACGACACAAUAGUGGGCGAAGGCAGUUCGCGGUUCUCUGGCGGACAGAAGCAGCGAAUCGCGAUCGCGCGUGCGUUGGUGCGGAAGCCAGCUGUGCUGCUAUUGGACGAGGCCACCUCUGCUCUGGAUGCCGAGAACGAGGUCAUUGUUCAGGCCGCCUUGGAGAGAGUGUCUAGGGGGCGCACCACGCUUACUGUCUCUCAUAGGUUAUCAGCGAUCCGCAACGUUGACAGGAUCUGUGUGAUCCAGAAUGGGAGAGUGGCCGAGCAGGGCAGCCAUGAUGAACUCAUGGAGAAGAAAGGCCACUACUACCAUCUCGUUUUUGCUGAUGCUGCUCUCAAACAGUGGAAAGAAUUGACAACUGGAGACUUCAAUGAAGGCCUAGACAAAACCAAGAAUGAUGCCGAUGCCUUAGAACCACCUGAUCUUCAAGUGACAUCACAAGAUGGCACUGAUCAAUCAACAAAGACUGAGCCAGCACCUUGGAAGAAACUAAUAAUGCUGAAUAAACCAGAAGCAGGACUUAUAAUGCUGGGAUCACUUGGAGCAUUUGCCAUGGGACUUGCAUCGCCUUUCUGUGCCGUGCUUUAUGGAACUUAUAUUUCGGUUCUUGCCCUACCAGAUGAUGAGGAGGUUAUAGCUUCAGCAAAUUGGUAUUCAUUAGGUUACCUGGCCAUAGCUUUGUUGGUGUUCAUUUGUGUAUUCAUUGAGUUUUCAGUGCUGGGAGUAGCAGGGGCUAGGAUUACUCACAGACUUCGUGUCAAUGUGUUCAGUAGUAUUCUGAAGCAGGAUGCAGCCUGGUUUGAUAACGAGAAGUGCAGUGUUGGAAUCCUGUCUUCCAGACUUUCCACUGAUGCCAAUGCUGUCCAGGGCGCCACUGGCAGCAAGCUGGGAGCCCUAUUGCAGGGUGUGAGCACACUGGGCGUUGGCUCCAUGAUAGCCGUGUGGUAUUCAUGGAAAAUGACAGCUGCCUGUAUUGCUGCCGUGCCUGUUAUGUUGGGGUCACUAGUCAUAGAAGCCAAGCUAUCCGGGCCUGCCGAUAACAGGGAGAGUCUUGCUUUGGAACAGGCUUCAAGGGUGGCAGUGGAAAGCGCGAUGCACAUUCGCACAGUGGCAAGUUUGGGUCGUGAGCGUGCCGUGCUUCGCGCGUAUUGUGCGCGUGUUCGCGAGGCGUCGGCCGCGCAUGCGCACAAGUCGUGGCUGCACGCGCUGGUGUUUGCAAUUGGCAACAGCAGUAUCAACUUCACCUACGCGUUUGCUGUGCUCUAUGGUGGAUAUCUAAUCAGGGAUGACAAGUUGCCGUUCCAGAAUACUAUAGUGGUUGCAGAAGCGAUAGUUUUCGGUGCUUGGAUGGUUGGUCAAGUUCUGGCGUUUGUGCCGAACAUCUCAGCCGCUCGUAUGUCUGCCACCAGACUGUUUGAGAUCAUUGAGAGAAAACCGCAGAUGUAUCAGCCUGCUGAAGACUCUGGACCUGUGGAGAACGCAGGUGACAUUCAGUUCGCCGAGGUGGAGUUCGCCUACCCGAAGCGACCGAACGCGCCCGUCCUCAACGGACUGAGUCUGCGCAUUCGCGAGGGAGAACGAGUCGCGCUGGUUGGCCCGAGUGGGUGUGGCAAGUCCACCGCCAUUCAACUGUUGCAGCGCUACUAUGAUACCAAUUCUGGAUUGCUGACUGUAGGAGGCAAAGACGUGUCGAGCCUUACUCUGUCGCGUCACCGGGCAGCCCAGGGCAUAGUCUCACAGGAGCCAGUGCUCUUCAACCGCACAAUAGCCGAGAACAUUGCCUAUGGAGACAACAGUCGUGUCGUGCCCGUCGAUGAAGUCAUAGACGCCGCUAAGAAAGCCAGUAUACAUGAGUAUAUCACCGCUUUGCCUGCUGGUUACGAGACAAGACUAGGUGCUCGUGGGUUCCAGCUGUCUGGCGGUCAAAAGCAGAGAAUAGCAAUUGCCAGGGCACUUGUUCGUAAUCCACGCCUACUUAUACUUGAUGAAGCCACCUCGGCGCUUGAUACACAGAGUGAAAAGCUUGUCCAAGACGCUCUAGAAGACGCCAUGAAGGGGAGGACUUGCGUGAUAAUUGCGCACAGACUGAGCACAGUGACUAACUGUGACACCAUUUAUGUACUCAGCAAGGGACGAGUCAUUGAGAGUGGCACGCAUGCGCAGUUAGUCGCCCGUAAUCAGCACUACGCGCGCUUACUACACCAACAGAGCCACUAGAUAUAUUUUGAAUUCAACUUUGAGGCCCGGUUUCUAGGACGAUUAUUAAAUUCCUAAUGGACUGUUAAAUCUGUAGGUUGAAUUCAAUAAUUCACAGAUGGAAAUUGAUGAAUUUUCAUCGACAUCAGAUUCAUCGCUGAUUCUCAACAGUGUAAUGAGUAUUGCAAUUGACUUGAGUUGGGACAUUUGAACUGAUAGGGUCAGAAUGACUCAUAAAUGAUUAAGCAAAACAAAAUAACAUUGAGAAAUUGCAUUUAUUCAAAUGCUAAUCGAUAAAUAAUUGAUGUUGCUUUCCAUGACGAAACACUAUAUAAUAACUAUGUUGUAGUUGAGAC